AAGAGCAGUGCCUGGCUCUGCGUCAUGGUGUGCAGUGAGUGCGGGGAUGGGUACGGGGAGCCCCCACAGCCUCCUCAGAUCCCCUGCCUGGGUACCUCCGUGUCCUUCAGACACCUUUCUUGGAUGCCCCUGCCUCUGCCCUGUGUCCUCUCACCCCUCUAUCGUGUGACCGAAUCUAUGAUAUCCCCCAUUACACCCAUCCCCUCCGGUCCCUAUCCCCAUACCGGCUGCCAGCCUCUUCCUCCAGCCUCUGCCCUGUGUGUCUCCCCAGUGCCCGUGGCCAAUGCCACCAUCACCCUCAGUCCCCUGGCACACCAGUUGCGUCCAGGUGACCCCGUGACCCUGCGCUGCUCGGUGCAGGUGGGCUCAGCACCUGUCACUUUCACUUGGCUGCACAACGGGCAGGAGCUGGCCCGGGGUCCCUUCCUGGAGCUUGAGGACGUCAAUGUGGGACACUCAGGCACCUACCAGUGCGUGGCCACCAACCAGCUGGGUGGGCACCAGGCAUUCAGCCCAGAGCUGGCACUGAAGGUGACACCGUGGGGACACAGAGACACAGUGGCUGUCAAUGUCAGCAGGACCCUCCUGUUCCUGCUCCUGCUCCUGGCUGUCAUCGGGGGCUGCCACUGGUGGCACCGCCGGGGGCCCCCAUGGGUGUCCCCUGGUCCUGCCCUACCUCAGGAUCCACAAGAGACCAACGUGGAACUCUCAGGACCCCACGAGGGACAGCGGGACCCACGUGACAAUGAGAACGUGCUGUGACACUGGGGACACUGGGGGCACUGGGGGGCAUUGAUUCCCCUCUGGGGUCCCUUCCUUCUUCUUCACAGCACUCCACGGGGCUCCUCCUUCUCUGUCCCAGUGCCAGGGGUGGCACACGUUUUUCACUCUUAUUGUUCCCAAAAUGCAGCUUUUUGA